UUCAUCCUAGAGCUCCACUUUUGAUUGGUCAUGUUUGAGGAUCCAAAGGUCUUUACAAUGUUCAACCUGAACAACAGAACUGGAUCCCAGUGCAAGGUACACAAAACCCACCUUCCCUGACCUCUACCUGCUUGCUAUAGUUCGUGCCAAAGAGGAACUUCUGAGAGGCACACUCCAUUUUUGUUCUUCUUUGCUCCAAAAGAAAAUAAAAAAGAAAAGUUCUCUCUUCUCCGUCUUAAGAUGGCACAGCAAAAGGUGGUCCUGAAGAUUCUGGCCAUGAAUGAUGAGAAGACAAAGCAGAAAGCAAUAGAGGCUGCCGCGGACAUCUACGGCAUUGAUUCAAUAGCUGUGGAUCUGAAGCAACAGAAGAUGACCAUCAUAGGUGAGAUGGACACGGUGGCGAUUGCGAAAAAGUUGAAGAAAUUUGGAAAGGUUGAUAUUAUAUCAGUUGGGCCAGCCAAAGAAGAAAAGAAGCAAGAGAAGAAAGAAGAAAAGAAGGAAGGGAAGAAAUGAAAUAUUGCGGCAUAUUGAUGCUAGCCUUAGAGUCUUUUCUCCUAAUAAACCGAGAAACUGUUUUUUUCUUUUUUUUUCUUUUGGUAGAACUGAGAAACUGUUUCUGAGUGCUCUGGAAUAGCAGUAUGAAGUUUUAGAAUACAAAUAUCUUCCCCAUCGUGAUCUCAACCUUAUCACUGCCAACAUUAGUCCAGCUAAGUGGGCAAGGAAAUGCUGUUUGCCUU